CAGAAAUAUAGCAGAGAUUCAUAAGAAGCUCUUAUAGCAACCUUCAGGUGGUUUUCUGGGCAAUCUACCGAAACGUGCACCUGGCUUCCCCCUGUGUUAACUCAGCGGACUGACCAGGCCCCUCGCAGCCGCAACACAGUGUCCCCGAGCCGGGCUGAUUCCCACCGAGGAGCCGGGCAGGUGUGACGGCGGCGGUGCGUCGGAGGAGCUGCGGGGGAAGCGAGCCCACUCUGGAUGCAGGAAUUUACGGACUGCUCCGCGUAAAAAAUAAAAAACCCCGGGGAUGUGAUGAAACCAGAAACAAAGUGCGACACACACACACACACACACACACACACACACACACACACACACAUACACAAGCCCAUGCAUAUCACAAACGGGCCUGUGUUGCAUUACAACUUUGCGUCCCCCCCCUCCCCUCCCACAGCUGUGUGUGUGUGUGUGCAAGGAGCUAAAGGCGGAUAAUCGGAGGUGAGGCUGCUCAAAUUAUUGUCUUGGGGAGCGUGACGCGCACUUCACAGCAGCCCCUGCGCGCUGUCAGACGAGGAAGUGAGGCUUCACACACGCCCAUUUCAGCCCUGUGUGUCGACCCUGCUGGAAAAAAAAGCCCCAGCAGACCCGUUCAUCAGAUAACACAGCAACAGACUUUUUCUAAAAAAAAAAAAAACAUGCGCUCACUCGCGGAUGGAGGACGCACGGAAUAACCUGCAGGACGAUUUCAGGAGUGUGCUAAACCGUUGAAGGAUGGACAGGGAGCUGGUUCGGCAGAGCCAAUCAGAACACGGAGAGUCCACCAAUGGCACCAGCCCUCAGACUUCCACCGCCGGCCCGGACUCCUCUUCCUCCGCCCCGGUGACCCCCACCCCUCCUCGGCUCACUCCCAACCCGAUGCUCCUGGACUCCCCGGCGCCCACGUUAACGCCCACCACCUCCUCCCCUCCUCCUCCUCUGACCCCGGCGCCCUCCAUCACAGCGACACACGGUCCGAAGGUGGCGGCCGCGGUCACCAGCUCUCCCUCCCCCCACAUGCUGGUCCCCACUCCCCCUAAACUCACCUCCACCGGGGCUCCUCCCCUCCGCACGUACUCUCGCCAUAUCCUUCCCUCCUCCAAAACGUCAUCUAUAUCACAGACCUCCUCCUCUUCCUCCUCCUCCUCUUCCUCCCCUACUGUAGCCACCACCACUUCGCCCAUCUUCUCUCCUUCGUCUUCAACGCACAGCAACAUCAACAUCACCUUGUCAAGCAAGGCCUCCACCACCUUAACCAAUGGGAACACAAGGCCCAUAUCCACGCCGACCACCACACCAAUCACGCCCUUUCAUACUCCAGCCAGUCCGCCUGGCAGACAGGUACCACAGACUCAUCCUGUGGGCACACCUGGUCUUGUGCGAGCCAAUCAGAGCCCCACCCCUGUCAGGCAGAGGGUAUCCCAGCAGACAUUGCUCCUAGGGAAAGGUCUCAAAGGGUCUGGACAAGACCAGGUGCUGCUUAGAGCUCAGAUGCUCCAGAGUCUCACCUUGAGGCCUCCUCCCCCCGGGGCUUUCACCAUCCCCCCUUCCCUCCGUCUUAAGCCCCCCUCUUCCACAGCCCCCCCUCCCCUCUCUCGCCCUCACAAUCCCCUCUUCCCACCUCUGAGGCCGCGACCCAGCACCACGGCAACGGACAGCCUGACAACGCCGAGCCGCCACCUCUCUGUCCCGCCUCCAACUCUCUACUCUCCAGUCCGAGCCGUCCCUCUGAGACCCAGACUUCACUCUCCGCGAGCGGCGUCCCCGAGGCAAUCCUCGACCCUCCAGCCAAUCGCAGCCGCUCCCGCCGCUCAGGCCCUCUCCCGUCAGCCGGCCGUCGGCGGGACCGAAGAGCGUGCUCGGUCCCGGCCAAUCUCCGAGCCCGUGCUCGGUCCCGGCCAAUCGCAGCACGGCUCGCUACCUGUGACCAACCCAGUGUCAGCUACUUCUCAUUUCGAGCCCUCGCCGUCCGCAGCGAGGCAGCUGCAGAUCAUCGCUCUCUCCUCGGGCCGCCAGCCGCAGCCCGGCACCUACAGCCACGCUCCGGUGCAGCCGGUCGUAAGCCUUUCUGAGCUGUCCGGCCAAUCAAAGCGAGCUUUGAGCAGUGACGAAGUGCUUCCUCUUCCGUUAAAUCCAUCGUUGCCAAAAACGACGUCUCCUCUGUCCUCGCCGCCUUCCCUCCUGAGUCCGGCCUCACCGCCGAGUCAGGCCGGACCUCAAACUCAAACUCUGGUUCAGAAAGGAGGAGGAGAGGCGAAGGAGAGCGAGGAGCAGCGAGAGAAGGGGCGAGGGGUGAGACAAGGAGUCGGGGAUGAAGGAAGCGUCAGACAAGACCUGCGGAAGGAGAGAGACGACCAAAGAGAGAAAGGAAAGGAGGAGAGGCAGAGGCUGGCGGCCGAGAAGGACGGAAGCCUCGUUAGUCCAAAAGAGAAAGAAGCCGAAGCUGGAAGAGAAGAAGAAAAGAUGGAGGUGACGGAGGAAGGACAGACUGAAAGAGAGAGAGGAGAGGAGAAGUGUGAAAGAGAGAGUAGUGAGGAGAAGAAGAUGGAGGAGGAGGAAGAGGAAGGAGAGACAGCCAUGGACCAGUCCGAGAACACGAGCAGUCCGGUUCUCAACCAGCACCAGAACAUAGAUCUGAACCUGACGCCUGUCGCUGUCAAAGACUUAAACAAAGAACCAAAACCCAUCCUGGGUCUCAUUUCAGCUCCAGUUCCUGUCCAAAACCCAGCUCCUAUAUCGGUGCCAGUGUCAGUACCUGCUCCAGUCCCGGUCCCGGUACCGGUGCAGGUCCCGUUACCGGAGCCGUCUGUCCAGAGUCAGCGGCUGCCGGAGCUUCCUCGAGACCUGCAGCCGGCCAACCAGGAGGACUUCUGUGAGAACAUGUCGACCCAAUCAGACAACCAGUCAGCUCUGUCCAGCCUCUCCUCUCAGUCUCCGCCCUCCUCGCCUUUCAUCGUCCCCUCGACAGACAACCCGCCCCCCCUUCUGCUCCCCCCCGCUCAGCCCGACCACCCGGCCGACCUCAGCCUGCCGCAGCCCGAACCCGAAAACACGGAGAAGACGACGGACGGCGAGUCGCAGAAGCAGCAGGUGGCCGAGGCGGAGACGGAGGAGGCGGAGCUCAUCGGCCAAUCGGAAGACGAGUCGGAGAGCUGCAACCGACCAAUGAGCGUUCCCUGGGAGCCAAAGGCGUGGCCGGAGGGUCGACAGGUCCUGACUCACCUGGUGGAGGGGUUCGUCAUCCAGGAGGGGCUCCAACCGUUUCCUGUGAACCGCUCGUCCCUGCUGGUCCCAGAUCAGGUGACCAAACCGCAGGAAGUGAACGGGACCAAUGGGAAAGCAGCGCUGCCGGCGACGCAAAGUGAAACCAACAAACAAGCCGAACCCUCGACGGACUCAGAGGACGAGGGAGGAGACACAGACGACCCAGGCAGAGGGUCGGGCCACAGGGACCGAGCGGUGCUGCACUGUCAGUUCUGUGGGAAACGAGGCCACGCACACAACUUCAUGCGGUCCAAACGCUUCUGCUCCACUUCCUGUGCACGCGGGUUUAACGUUCGUCUGACGAAGCGUCUGCGGGCUCUGAGCGCAAGCAGCCGGUCCGAGAGGCCCCGCCCGGCGCUGAACAGGGCGGAGUCGGUUCCUGGGAAACCUCUGUUACUGCGGCUGCCUCGUGAUCUCUGGAGCGCAGGUCGCCGUGAGAAGAAAGGAAAAGAGAAGGUAACGGCAGCAGAGGAAGAGGAUGAGGAGGAGGACAUGGAGGGAGGUGGGGAGGAGGAAGACGAUGACGGAGGAGAGGAAGAUCCCGCGGUCGCCAUGACGGCCAGGAUGGAUCGUCGGGCGGCGCGGCGAGCGAGGAGAGCGUCCGCUCCCGCCGUGACCACAUCUACGCCCACAACCACGUUCAAACCCGCCCCCUCGCAGUGGAGCGUGGAGGAAGUAACCUCCUUCAUACACACACUGCCAGGCUGCAGCGACGUGGCCGAGGCCUUCAGGCUGCAGGAGAUCGACGGCCAGGCUCUGCUGCUGUUGACCGAGGACCAUCUGAUGACCAGCAUGAACAUCAAACUGGGGCCGGCGCUCAAGAUCUGCGCUCACAUCAACGCGCUGAAAAACCAAUGAAAGGAAAAAGACAGAAAGACACACAGAGACGAAAGAAAUGAAGAAAGAAAGGUCAGAAUGUGAUCUGGAAGGAAAUAAAAAGGCAAUAAAGAAAGCGUUAAGCUGAAGCUAAAAAGAUGAAGAGAAAAAAAAGAAGCUGACACCAAGGAUGACAGAACAAAGUCACAAAAAGAGAUUCACGGAUAAUUUAUGAGAUUAUAAAUCGAGAUGCGUGGCCUUAGGACGACGGAAGAGGAGCGCAGACGAAAGAAGACACCAGAGUACAGAAGAAAUUUCAUCGGUUUUUGGCCCUCUGUAGCAGGAGACGGGGACGAUUUUUUUGUAACUUUCUGUAUAUUUUACAUGCCGCUGGAGAGUGUAAAUUUGAAGCUAUUUCACAUGAAGGAUUUUGAACAUUUAAUAUAUAAAUUUGUCUAUUUAGUUUUUUUAGAAACGUGAUGUCAAUGACAAAUCUAUCCCGUAGCUAACAUAACCGGUGUGUGUAAAAAAAACAACAAAAAAACAACAUCAUAAUAAUACGUAGACUUUGUAAGUGAUUAAUGAAAGUUUAAUGUUUUAUAUCACUAUAUUCUGGACAAAAACAUGUCUGUGGAUUAAAAAAAAAAAAAAAGAGUCACUAUCAGGGUGAGGCUGGUGUCUUUAAUCGUCACAUUUUUAUGGUAUCUUGCUUGAAAUUAUUUAAUAAAUGAACAAACUA